AGAGCGGCCGCGUCCGUGACGUCAUCGAACGCUAGGCGUUUAUUGUGAUGUCACAGGCGCUAGCCCCGCCCCCUAGCUCUCCGGUUUGGCUCCACCCUGCGUUCCCACCCGGGGCCGGGGCGUGGCGAUGAAGGGCGGGCGCGAUCUUAAGCCUGUCCGGGGUGGAGCUGGUGAGGCCGGUUCAGAUGGGAUGGCAGGUGAGAGGAGGCUCCCAGCGCGGAGGGGUUGGCCCUGGUGAGGGAGCCCGGGAAGGCAUGGGACCGGCAAUGCGGAGGCCGCUGCCUCGCGUGCGUCCCCUGUCGGGGGAGUCGUACCUGGCCUCCUGGGGUGGAUGCCAGCCCUUCGCCCCUGCAGACCGCCCCGUGGUUCCCGCCUACGCCCCGUGCCGCCCUGGGCGCCUCCAGCGCCACCUCCUGAGCGGCGAGUUCGACCAGCUGCGCGACUUCCCCAUCUUUGAGAGCAACUUCGUGCAGGUGACCCGGUUUGGAGAAGUCGCCAACAAGGUCACCAUGGGGGUGGCAGCCUCUAGUCCAGCCCUGGAACUGCCAGACCUGCUGCUGCUGGCUGGCCCUGACAAGGAGAGUGGACGCCUGCAGCUCCUCGGGCUGUUCCCCUUGCAGUUCGUGCAGCUCUUCGUGCAUGAUGAGAGCCGCCACCAGCUCAAGGUCAAGUUCCGCACUGGUCGUGCCUUCUACCUGCAGCUGCGCGCAUCUGCAGAGACCCGCGACCGCGAGUUCGGCCGCUGGGUGCGUCUGCUCUACCGCCUGCGCUUCCACUCGCCCGCCAGCGCCGUACCCUUCACACACGAGGACACUGCGCCGGAGGAGGACGAGGAGGAGGAGGAGGAGGAGGGCGAGCAGGGACAGUUGCAGCCCCCGGAGGUGAGGGCGGGGCCACGAGCCCAGGGAUGUUAGGCCAGGAAGGAUGGAGAGGGACCAGCGUCAAGCCAUAGAGGCCAGACUGGACCCGCAGGUCUCAGAACUCUGGGGGCUCUGAUUCGGACAAGAUCCUUCCAGAUCGCCAAAGGACCGGAGAUCAAGCCAGCUCAGCUCAGAGCCAGAGAUGGAUUUUAAAGUUAAUAAAGAUCGGGCUCUUAAAAACCAA